GGUCCCUCCUUUGGCGUGGACCUUGAAGUCGAGUUGCGACAGUCCACCUACAUCUCCAAUUCGUCCUAUACCUAUCACCAUACUCUGUCAAAAUGGUCGUCCUCGCAGCUUCGAUUUGCACCCGAGGCGGGAAAGCUGUCCUCUCCCGCCAGUUCAGGGAGAUGCCACGAUCCCGCAUCGAAGCCCUCCUCGCGUCCUUCCCGAAGCUCGCCGACAGCGGUACCCAACACACGACCGUCGAACAAGAUAAUGUGCGCUUCGUCUAUCAGCCCCUGGACGAGCUUUACAUGGUACUCAUUACCAACCGCCGAUCCAACAUCCUCCAAGACAUCGAUUCCUUGCACCUGUUCGCUCAGGUUGUGACCAGCACAUGCAAGAGCCUCGACGAGAGAGAGAUUCUGAAGAAUGCAUACGAACUUCUCAGCGCCUUCGAUGAGCUGGUAACGCUUGGAUACCGCGAGAACUUGACCAUCAGCCAGAUCAAGACCUUCCUCGAGAUGGAGAGUCACGAGGAGCGGAUCCAGGAGAUCAUCGCACGAAACAAGGAGCUGGAGGCGACAGAGGAGCGGAAGCGGAAGGCCAAGCAGCUGGAGAUGCAGCGGAAAGAGUCGGCUCGAGCUGGCCGUGUCGGUGGUGGAAUGCCCAGAACACCCAACUACCCGACUUACACCCCCCCUACGCGCCCGACCCCGACGGAUACGUACGACUCGUACGAAGCUGAGAAGAACAAGACCUUCAACAAGCUGAGUGCCCCGAAGGGCAAGGGUAUGCAACUCGGCAAGAAGUCGAAGACCACCGACAUGUUCGAGCGCGUUCGAGGCGAAAUGGGGGCAGAAGUUGAUGAUACUCCGCUUAUUACGCCAACCCCUGCUCACGUUCCCGAGCCUGCAGCAGAGUCUCGUGUUUCCUCUACUCUUGACCGGGACGCCAUUCACAUCGUGGUCAACGAAGCUAUUAGUGCUAAGCUGUCGAGAGAGGGCGCCUUGAACUCUCUUGCGAUAAGCGGUGACCUGAACCUUCGUAUCUCGGACCCGAGCUUGACCAAGGUCAAGCUGAACCUGACUGCCAAUGCCUCCCACGGUGCUCAGUUCCGCACGCACCCCAAUGUCGACAAGAACCUCUUCAACAGCUCCAAGACCAUCCAGAUGAGCAAUACCGCGCGUGGCUUCCCUACCAACCAGUCCGUCGGCGUCCUGCGUUGGAGAGCAACGGCCAAGGCAGACGAUACCAGCGCUUGCCCCAUUACAUUCACUGUUUGGAUCAACAAGGAUGCAGACAAGUACAACAUGACCGUCGAGUACGAGCUGACGGGCGGCGACACGUUGAAGGACGUUAGCGUGAUCAUCCCUUACCAGGCCAGUGAACCUGUGGUAUCGAGCUUCGAUGCCUCGUAUGAGGUUUCUGGCGACUCGCUGGAGUGGAACAUUGGCACGGUUUCGGACGAGAACCCUAGCGGUUCUUUCGAGUUCGAGGCCGAGACCAAUGACGAGAACGACUUCUUCCCAAUGACAGUCAGGUUCUCAAAGACCUCGCCCUUCAUCGAUGUUGAUGUUACCACUGUCUCUUUGAUUGAAGAGGACGAGGAGGUUACCUUCUCGAAGGAGAUUAAGUCUCACGCAGACAACUUCUUAAUCGAAUAG